GGGUGUGCAUGCGCUCCAGUCACGAGCAAGGGAAAGGGAAAUCGUUGUAAAUCCCAUUCAGUGCCUUGUGCAUCCCAAAACGGGGUUAGAGUUUGUUCUAUUUCCUCAGCGUUUGGGCUGAGCUCUGUGUGUACAGUACAGACAGGCAUCGGUUGGCCGAGGUUCACCUGAGUUUUCCCUCCAUCCAUGGACAUUCAUUCACACCCCAUCUCCACUGUGUCCACCAGCAGGCAAACUAACGACUUUUUAAUAAACACCGCGCAAGCUUCUGCGCUCCUGGACCGGAGAUCUGGAGAUGAAGACAGAUGUUACGCUUUUCUGUCGGACUUUGAUUGGAAUAGCAUAUGCCUCAGGUCUGGUGAUUGGCUUUUCUAUGACUCCACCCAUCCUUGACAGCUCCAAAGACGACCUAGUGAUUCCUGUCCACCAAACACUCACCAUUACAUGCAGGGGGCAGCACACUCUGGCCUGGGCCUGGCCUGAUCAGACUCUGGUGGGCCAGGAGCUAACAGACCGCCAGGCGCAGCUCCCGACUCCCGGGCCGAGGGUGGUCCUGGUCAGCGAGUGUCCGGGGCAGCCCGGGAGGCCGUACUGCAAGAGGCUGAUCCUGAACGGGGCGCAGGCCAAAGACACGGGCUACUACCGCUGCUACUACAAGGAUGUCAAGGCCAUCAUCGUCGGCACCACUGCCGUCAGCGUUUAUGUGUUCGUCAGGGACCCAGAGCAGCCCUUCCUCCAGAGAGGCAGCGACAUGGAGAUCAUUUUCAUCAACCACUUCUCCACCCACGUCAUAGUGCCAUGCCUGGUCACGGUGCCCGAUCUGAACGUCACUCUCCAUGCGUAUCCCACGCCUCUGGAAACUGACAAGAUGUCAUGGGACAACAAGCGAGGUUGGUCCAUUCCCAGAAACGUCAUGGCCAGUGUGCCAAUGCUCAUCGGAGUUUUGUGUUGGGCAACACUAGGAGGCAAAGACUAUCAAUCUCCUAGCUACAUUUUCCACACAACAGGAAGUCAGGUUUACGAUGUCAAGCUGUUUCCUGAGGAUCCAGUGGAGCUGAUAGUGGGGGAGGCCCUGGCCCUCAACUGCACAGCAUCGGUGGAGUUCGACACUGGAGUGGACAUAAACUGGUCUUACCCCCGCAAACAGCCGAACAGUAGGGAAGACACUAAGCCCUCUCGUGAAGCUCUGUCUCACGCCACAGAGGCUGUUAGCUUCCUCACCAUCCACAGCGUCAACGUCAGAGACACUGGCCCGUACAUCUGCAACGUCACCAUCGUGGGAACAACCAUAACCAGGCAAACUCAGGUCAUAGUUUAUGAAAAGCCAUUCAUCAGCCUCAAUUACAGAAAUGGAGCAGUGGUGGAGGUUACAGCUGGCCAGAAGUUAUUUAAACUACAAGUUAAUGUGUCUGCCUUCCCACCACCCGAAACGCAAUGGUAUAAAGAUGGAAAGUCGAUAAACCAACGCCCAGAGUUCAAGAUGAAAAGGAUGAGGAUACACCUUAACCAUGCUCUGGAGAUUAAGGAUGUCUGUCAGGAGGAUUCUGGGCUCUACACUGUGGUGCUGAGAAACAGUGCCGCUGUGCUGGAGAGUAGGCUCAACAUCACGCUUGUCGUCAACGUUCCCCCACAAAUCCAUGAGAAGGAAGUGGCAGAUCCCUCCAGUCCUUACCCCAGUGGCAGCAGCCAGACUCUAACAUGCACUGCCUACGGUCUCCCUGCUCCCACCUUCAGCUGGCAGUGGAGAGCCUGGGGCCCAUGUGUCCUCAACAGCAACCGGAGCAGAGUGGUCCGGCGAGACAGGAAAGGCCGGAGUGACAGGAUCGCAGACUGUCAGAACUGGCAGGACAUUAACUGGGAGAACGGCAUGAAUGAAAUCGAGGCGGUUGAAACGGCGGUUGAGGUGGUGGAUGGCCGACAAAAGACAGUCAGCAGGCUCCAGAUUGGCAACGCCAGUGUUUCCGUCAUGUACAAGUGCUCUGCUGAAAACAAAGUUGGCAAAGACGAGCGGCUGAUUUACUUCUAUGUGACCACCAUCCCUGAGGGGUUCAGUGUGGACGUCCACCCCUCGGAGGAUCUUCUGGAGCAGGAGAGAGUGUCCCUGUGCUGCAGCGCUGACAACUACACCUACGAGCAGCUGCAGUGGUACCGCCUGGACCCCCAGGCCCUGCAGGACGAGCAGGGCAAGGCUCGGGAGCUGGACUGCAGGAGCGUGCACCUCUACGCCCACACCCUCGAAGGCCAGCUCUCCUUCCAGGAGCCCUCCAACAGCUGGGUCCUGGACUUCACCAUCCCCUCCAUACAGAUGCAGGAUGAGGGUCAUUAUGUGUGUGAGGCUCAGAGCAGGCGCAGCGGGGAGAAACAGUGCCUGUUCAGAUACAUUUCUGUAAAAGCUCCGGAGGCGCCUCGAUACAAGCUCAGCCUCACCAACCAGACGGUGAACGUGACGGAGUCUCUGCGGAUGGAGUGCGACGUGGAGGGCCGACCUCUGCCCCUGCUCUCCUGGUUUAAAGACAACCAGCCUCUCCACCAAAUGUCAGGGAUCCAGCUGCAGGACUCAAACCGCACGCUGAGUAUCCAGCGGGUUACCGAGGAGGACGCCGGGCUCUACACCUGCACCGCCUGCAACCAGCGGGGCUGCGUCCACUCCUCAGCUGCCGUCCAGGUCAUCGGUUCAAACGACAAGGCCAAUGUGGAGAUUGUAAUCCUCAUCGGGACCGGAGUCAUCGCCAUCUUCUUCUGGACUCUGCUCAUCCUUAUCUUCUGCAAUGUGAAGCGGGUUAAUCCGGCAGACAUAAAGACGGGCUACCUGUCAAUCAUUAUGGACCCGGGGGAGGUGCCUCUGGAUGAGCAAUGUGAAUACCUGCCCUAUGACUCCUCUCAGUGGGAGAUCUCCAGAGACAGACUGCGACUGGGCAAGGUUUUAGGCCACGGUGCCUUUGGAAAAGUAAUUGAGGCAUCAAUCGGCGUCAGCAAGAGCAACACUUUGGACACGGUGGCUGUCAAGAUGCUGAAGGAUGGAGCCACAGCCAGCGAGGACAAGGCCUUGAUGUCAGAGUUAAAGAUACUGAUUCACAUUGGGAACCAUCUGAAUGUGGUGAACCUGUUGGGAGCCUGCACCAAACCAAAUGGUCCUCUGAUGGUGAUAGUGGAAUAUUGCAAGUACGGAAAUCUGUCCAACUUCCUACGAGCCAAGAGAGAGUUCUUCCUCCCGUACCGGGACCGCUCUCCUAAAACUCAGAGUCAGGUGAGACGGAUGAUUGAGGCGGGUCAAAUAGACCCGAGAGCUCGCCAUCCGCCUUCUCCACGCUCCUCACCGCUCAACAGUCCUCAGGGUCCAUUAACCAUCCUGCCCAAUGACAGUCCUGCUGUGGAGAAAAUGGAGGACUUGUGGAAAACCCCUCUGACGAUAGAAGAUCUAAUUUGCUACAGUUUCCAGGUGGCUCGUGGGAUGGAGUUCCUGGCCUCCAGAAAGUGUAUCCACAGAGACCUGGCAGCCCGGAACAUUCUCCUGUCAGAAAACAACAUUGUGAAGAUCUGUGACUUCGGCCUGGCCAGAGACAUAUACAAAGACCCCGACUACGUCAGGAAAGGCAAUGCUCGUCUGCCGUUAAAGUGGAUGGCUCCAGAGAGCAUCUUUGACAAAUUGUACACCAGCCAGAGUGACGUGUGGUCUUUUGGAGUUCUCCUCUGGGAAAUCUUCUCUCUGGGUGCGUCUCCCUACCCGGGAGUACAGAUUGAUGAAGACUUUUGCCGACGAUUGAAAGACGGCGUGAGGAUGAGGUCACCUGAGACUGCCUCCCCCGAAAUAUACGGCAUCAUGCUGGCCUGCUGGCAGGGGGAACUCAAAGAAAGACCCACCUUCCCCGCCCUGGUUCAGAUCCUGGGAGACCUGCUGCAGGACAACAGCCUACCUGAUGGGAAGGACUACAUUCCUCUGAACCACUCACAGAGCUCAGAGGAUGACGGUUUCUCGCAGGCCUCAUCUCGCCCUCCAUCUGAGGAGGAACUGAGGAUGCCCUGCAACACUCUGCCCACCAGGUAUUAUAACUGCGUGCCCUUUACCGGCUGUGUGUUUGUGGGACCCUCCAAAGCAUGCCAGCCCAGAGUCAGGACAUUUGAAGAGUUUCCCCUGGAGAUGCAUCGACAGACAGCUCCUCAAGAUAACCAGACAGACAGCGGGAUGGUUCUGGCCUCGGAAGAAUUUGAGAGAAUUGAAAACAAGCACAGAGGCGCCGUCUCUAAAAGCCGUAUGGGCAGCAGCAGCAGCACAGAGCCCCUCACGGCCUCCCAUGGUUCCUUGGGGCGCAGCAGUGACCCCGGCAGCUCCAGACUCCGGCCCACCUUCUUCAGCCAGCUCUCAGGACAGACCUUCUACAACAAUGAGUACGGACACCUGUCUGAGGAGGGCUUCUGCGACUUCUUCCCCGCGCCGGACGCCCACUGCCUGGCCUCCUCCAACGUGUAACCUUACCAGAGAGGCAGCCCGAGAGAAUGGAGAGUUUAAAAAAAAGUAGGAAAGCUCAGGGUAAGGGAGGCUUUAGUAAAGUUCCAGUUGUGACAUGUAAUAAGUCAUUUAUUAAUGGUAGAUCUGUGUGACUAGACCUCUUAUCAUCGCUUCCUCUCGGGCUGCUGCCUCCACAGACUGAGCUCUAUGUGCCUGAAGUUCCUCUAACCAGCCACUGGGUGGCAGCAUUAUGACAAAAACAAACCCUAAGUAUUUUUCUAUUUACACAUUUCUAUUUGUACCUUUUUAUAUACAGAGUUUUCUUCCUUCAUUUUGUACAAACUAUGACUCAUAUAGGAGGAAAUAAAGAAAAUGAUUGUCUUCUCA